AUGAUGUUACACGCUUGUGAUCAUCCAAAAAGACCUGUUUCAGCUUCACCAUUUAUACCACCUGAAAAGCCGAAAAGAUAUUAUAUGCCUCUAUCAUGGUCAUUAAAUGAUUUAUCUAUUAAAGAGAAGGAGCUUGUAGAAUUUUUUGAAAAAAAUGAACUUUUAUUUAGAAAAAAAAGAUAUAAUCAUAAAAUUUUAGAACAAGAAAGUACAAUAGAAGAAGACUCAAAAAGUAAUAUAUUAGAACCAUUAAAAUUUAGAAAUAUGCCUGCAACAACAAAACGUAUUGUUUGGAGGGGAAUCCCAAAUAAUGCUAGUGAUAGUACAACAUCCCUUUCAGGUGGAUCUACAUGUAGGACAACUACAGAUUCAAGUAUGUGUUCCUGUUCAACAUCACCAUACUCAUCAAUGUCAAUACACAAUAAACAUUCAUUUUUUAAUAUUAAAAAUCCUUUUUCACAAAAUAAGAAAAAUAAAUGUAUGCAACGUAGUAAACCAUUAAUUGGUACAUAUAGUGAUGCUUCAUAUAAAUCAAUAAAUAGUUUAAAUUCUUACUAUCAUGAUAGUGUUGCUUCAAGAUCAAGAGACUUAUUAGUUAUGGAUAAAGAUAAUAUUGAUAGAAAACGUUCUAAAAGUAAAGGAAUUGAAUCAAGAAUAUUACAUCCAUUAAAAAAUUCAGCAAGAAAAAUAAGUAAUGCAUUACAUUUACGACCAAUGAAAAAGUCAGUUGAAAAUUUACAUCAAGGAUCUGUAACUCAUUUACGAAUUGCAGGUCAUGGAAACAAUUAUUCAAAUAACAGUUUUUUAGAUGUUGAGUAUAGUAUUGAUGAAAUAAAUUAUUAUUCAAAUCCCAAUAGUCCAAUUCCACCAACAAGUCCACUACCACAAUCAAGAAACCCUUUUGUUUUAAAAAUUUCUAAAACUACAAAUCAAAAAAAGAAUAUUGAGUAUAAUGAAAUAAGUCCAUACAGUGAAGAAUUUAUCAAAAAAGAAUUAAAAAAGAAUUUAGAAAAAAAUAAAGGACUUAUAAGAAGAAAAAGUUGUGAUCCUAUUUUAUAUAACAAACCAUUUGACAAUUAUUUAAAUAAUGAUUUUCGAGAACGCAUGAUUGUUUAA